AUGUUUAUCCAUUUAGAGGGACCGAAGAAGACUGAAGAAGAAGAAGAAGUAUACAGCCAGAAGAUGGGUGCUGAACGCAGGGAUAUGGACUAUUUCACUAAACACACAUUCUUGGAGUUGGUACCUAAAACGCGGCUUCAUCCUUCCGAUCAAGAGUCGCAGUACUUCUCCAAGAACCAAAAAGAAUCGCCUUCUGAUCCACUACUAAAGGCGCCUCCACGACGUGGGCGUAAUCAUGAAGAAGAAGAGACUAAAUUAAAUGAAAAUUCAGCCCUCCCUUCUCGUCACCUACAUUUCCUGCAUCGCGAGAACAAAAAAGAGGUCUUAAAGGUUGCAGCAAGGCGUUAA